AUAUAUAUGUGUGUGGUAGAUGAAAUCUGUUUGUUAUAUACGUUAACGUUAUAUUCGCGAAGUGCAUAACAAAUAUGGCGAAAUUGUUAGGUUUGGAUAAGAUCGGGAAACUAUUCCAAAUAAUAAAACAUAAUAAAGGAAUUAUUAAUUCUGUGAAGACAUUAUUUAGAACUGAUGAAUUAAAAAUAGGAGUCCUGAUUGGUGAAGAUAAAUAUGGGAAUAAAUAUUAUGAGAAUAAUGCGUAUUUUGUAGGUCGUAAUAGAUGGGUCAUAUACGCAGAACAUGUGGGACUAAAUUAUGAUGCUUCACAAGUUCCACCAGAAUGGUAUGGAUGGUUACAUUACAAAACUGACUUACCACCCCAUCAUGAUCCAUCACGACCAAAAUAUGAAUGGAUGUUAGAUCAUGAACAAAAUUUUUCUGGUACUUCAAAGGCUUACAUGCCUUAUACAACAACAUCACCAAAAAUUAUACCUUGGAAACCACCAACUUCAAAAUAGGGUUAAUUAAUGCUAGAAUAAGGUAGUCUACUACUGUUUCCAUGAUUCAUAUAAUUAAAGCAGAAUAAUAAAGUGAAUCUGUAGAUAUUAA